AUGUGGAAGAACGAUCCACCAAAGAUUGCGCCGCCUAGGCGCAUUUUACGGAAGAAGAAGGGACCAAAGAGUCCACCUGAGAGCAAGUUGGGGAAGAAUAAGCCAUCAAAGGGUCCACCUGAAUGUAGAUUGCAACAAAGCAUUCAGGCAUUACGAAUUAUUGCAAAGCAAAGGCCCGAUGACCCUGAAGCACAGCGUCGAGCUCAGGUCGCAACAGAUCUGUAUCUUGAGAGCUGGUCGCGCCAAAAGUUCCCGACCCCGGUCAUAGCACACGACCCAGCAGAAUCUCGGCGACAAACAAGUUGGGUUCCCAAUCUCCCUAACGAGAUUUACUAUAUGAUCUUCGAUCAUAUUAUUGGCGAAUAUCCAACUUGUCCGCGGAGCAAAAGAAGGCGAGAAAAGACUUUGCUAUCCUUGACCUGUUCCUGUCGUUUGUUUCAAGAAAUCCUGGAGACAUACCUGUACAAACACCCCCGAAGUGGCAUGUUCGAUGGGAUCCCAUCCAUCUUGAUGUUUCGCUUUUCUUUGACCAUUGAGCCGCGCCGGGGACCUCUCGUCCAGUCACUGUCUAUCAACGUCAAAUGCAUGUCUAGCAAUUCCAUUUGGCUCAAGAUUGUCAAGCUAUGUCCAAACCUCAGUCGCUUGGAGAUAGUCGAGACCAACAGGGGGCUUUCUCGCUCCCACCUGGAAUUCUUGGGAAAGCUCUUUUCUGACUGCCCACAUGUUACGAGGUUUAGUCUUGAUGCAGGGACUUCUGACUCUGAAGUUAGCAAGGCGUACAGAACCGACAAGGGAUUCUUAAAGUUCUGGAGACAGCUCACGCACGUCCAAGGACUUCCCCGUUCCGAGCCAUCAGACAUAAUUUCGAUCUCGAAGGGAUGUCGCUCACUUCAACGACUGAGAAUCGGCUCUUCUAGACAUCUCGAUCUGGGGAGUCUUUUGGACGCAUCCCAGAAAUGGGGCAAGACUCUGAGGACUCUUGAUCUCAACUGGCGCACGACGACGAAGGCUACUAUUAUCCCUCAACUCCUGGAACAACUACCGGUAGUCGAAGAGGUUUAUCUGGGACACCUAUAUGAUAUCUGGCCAUCAAUACUUGCUCUGUCUCGCCUUAGUCCACCACGACUCAAGCGUUUUAAAGGAGUGAGCCACCGCAAGUGCGACCCUGUUCAUUCGCUUGAAGGAGAGACAGCUAUAUGCGACAUGAUUACCGCUCAAGGUGAUACUCUGGAGAGCAUCAGUAUCACCGGCCAGCAUGGUCUCCACGUCGGUGUUUUGGAGGCAAUCAAAGGGGCAAAUAAAUUGAAGUGUCUUGAUUUAGAGGUCGGUCGAUUUUUGACUGAUGAGGAACGGGAAGAUUUACAAGCAGCAUGUCCUAAACUGCAAGCUUCCGUCAAGCGUUAUGGGGAAAAGUCUAAUGAAAAGAGAGACUUCGACUGGUCCUAUGCGAGCUGUGGUAGCUGGGGGGUUAUUCCGGAUGACUAG